UAAUAUGGAUAAUGAGAAACUGAUGAAAAUGCCUACACCAAGUAUCGACAGUGUGAAAGCAGCAGUGCGAGUGCGGCCUUUUAGUCAGAGAGAGAAUUCUGGGAGCAAAUGUGUGAUUUCCAUGCAUUCCAGAACCACCACCACUAUACAGGACCCUAAGAAUCCAGAGCAUGUGAAGACAUUUACUUUUGACCUGGCAUAUUGGUCUCACGAUGGAUUUCAAAAGGAUAAAGAUGGUGUCCUUAUUUCAGCUGAUCCUAGUAGUAAAUUUGCAGGCCAGAGCGAUGUCUUCCACGACCUUGGCAGGGGAAUCCUGGACAGUGCUUGGCAAGGUUAUAACGUAACCCUCCUGGCCUAUGGCCAAACUGGCUCUGGGAAAAGCUAUUCCAUGAUUGGAUUUGGUGCAAACAAGGGUAUUAUUCCAACUGUGUGUGAAGAGCUCUUUUAAGCAAUCGAGAACCAGGGGAGAAAUCAAGAACACCAGGUUACGUUCAGUAUGCUGGAAAUUUACAAUGAACAGAUAAGAGAUUUACUGUCCAGAACCAAAAAACCUGGUGGGCUCAGAGUAAGGGAAGAUCAACAGCUGGGUUUUUACGUGGAAGGCCUGAAGUUUGUGCCCUGUCAGAACUAUGCCCUUGAAAGGCUGAUGGAACAAGGAGCAAAAAUAAGGACCACGGCUUCGACCAACAUGAAUGCCAGCAGCAGCCGGUCCCACCUGGUCAUCACCAUCCAGUUCAAGCAGGUUUUCCUAGACAGAGACCUCACCAAACAAUCCAGUAUUAAUUUGGUGGACCUGGCAGGAAGUGAGAGGCAGAAAUCUUCAGGAUCUGAAGGAGACAGACUGAGGGAAGGAUCACACGUUAACUUAAGUUUAACCAAUUUGGGAAAUGAUAUCAGUGCUCUGGCUGAUGCAGCCAUGGGGAAGAAGGUCUUGCACGUUCCAUACAGAGAUUCUGUUUUGACCAAACUGCUCCAGUCAGCUCUGGGCGGGAACAGCAGAACCGCUCUGAUUGCGGCCAUAAGUCCAGCUGACAUCUGCUAUGAGGAAAUUUUAUCAACACUAAGAUACGCGGAAAGGGCUAAAAAGAUCCAGAACAAAGCAGUGGUCAACACCUGGACACUGAUGAGAGAGUCAAGGGUGGAGAACAGCAAGCUGCUGCCCAGAUGUAGACACUCCACAAUGUCAGAGCCGUCAGCCGGUCUCCAGGCAGAGCCGCAGCUGGGGACUCCUGCUGAUCAGGUGACCUGGGCACACCUGCUGGAGCAGGCCCGUGCGGACUGGUGAUGCCCGCCCUCUCCACUUCUGCAGGAGCGGCAGAUGAUGACCUUCCCUCACCUUCUUAACGUCAACGAGGACCCACAGCUCACCGGGGUCCUCAAGUACUUCAUUCAAGCUGGUUCAUGUGACGCCGGUCGGGCUGCCUCAAAUGCCAUCACGAUUCAAGGUUUGGGAAUUUCAGAUAAACACGCUUCCUUCACAAAUGCCGAUGGUAAAGUGACGGUCACUCCACACAGCAAAUGCAAGGUUGCCGUUAACGGGGUGCCCAUCGCCACUGGGACAAAGCUGCAGCAUUUGGACCGCCUCAUUUUGGGAUCCAACAGCACCUACCUGUACAUGGGAUUUCCUUCAGAGCGGGACAGUGAGGACCUCAGCAGGUUCGAUGACCACUUCUUCCAGCUGGAGAGGGCAGCCGCGGAGGGAGUCAGCGCAGACGAACUCGGUGCUGCGGACAGUGGAGAUGGCAAGGCAGACCCCAGUGUCCUGGCUGCGUUCCAGGACUACAUCAAACUGAUGCUGCUGGUUGCAGAAGCAAAUCAAAUGAGUGAAGAGCUGAGGAAGGGACUUAACAUGGAAUUGAAGGUGAAGAAUUUGGCAUCAUCAGAUUCCAAGGGCUAUGACCUACAGAAGGAGGUCUUGGUGAAGGUGAUCCACCACGGGACUCACGAGGUGUGGAUAUGGUCAAAAGCCAAGUUCAUCAAUAGGAAAUUCCCAAUGGAGGAACUUUACCAGCACUUUCUAGAUGGAGAUAACAGCCCUGUGGCUCAAGAAGACGGCCCUUUCUGGGAUCCUGUCGAGGUCGUCCACUUGGGCUCAGCUCACGUCUGGCUCCAGUCGCUGGCCUACUGCAUGAAGCUGGAGGAGCAAGUGGAGUUUCUGAACUGUGACGGGCUAGAGGAGGCGGUGCUGCACAUCUGCAUAGCACCCUGCUCCCCCACAGGACAAAUGCAUGGUGAGGAGGAUGUGGUUAUCGACCCUUUGGAGCUGCUAGGCAAGAGGAUGGAUUUUCAGAUUCACAUUGUCCAGUGUCUUGGAGUCAGCUGGAUGAAGGAAGAUGCAAAGCGGGGCGUUCAGAUAGGGUACAGAAUUUAUGACCUUCCAAACACUAUCUAUACCAAACCUGUAUGGAAAAGUGUGAAUCCACAAAUUGAGACUGUCCAAUGUGCAGCCUUAACUGCAUCUCAGGAGUUUCUGAAUUAUCUGCAGACAAAUGCCCUUAUUGUUGACCUAUGGGGCCUUCAAGAAGGCUGCACCGAGCUGAGCUGCUCUCAGCUGGGCCUCAUGGUCACAGGUGAAGGCCACAUCCUGGUAGACACCAAGAAAAUUUCCACUGUGAAGAAUCCAAGCCAGGCGGCCUCAAACCAGAUACCAGAACUUUAUCUGAAGCUGCUCAAGCUAGAGCAGGAGACAUAGCUGCGCAGGAACGUCAACAGAGCCCUGAGAGAGGAGAACCUGCUUCUCAAAGAAUCACUUGGGAAAACUGCUUUCGGGCAAGCCCAGAAGCCUUCCAACACUCUGAAGGUCAGCGGGAUGACAGCGCAACUGCCCUCCGCCAGGGAGACGAGUCACAUGUGCACACAACAAGCCGGCUCCGACUGAGAACUCGCCCAGGCUCUGAAGGUGUUCUACCAAAGCAUGAACACGGCAAGAGGGCAGCUUUUCAGACUCAAACGGUAUAAACCUCCUGAAGAUGAUCAAAUGCUUCGACCAUUCGUAAACCAACGGUCACAGAUAUUUAAGGAUUUGGGGGAUCUACUUGAAUCCAGCUUGUGGAAACUGAAAAAGGAUGUUGCUCUUAUAAUAAAAAAGAAGAGAGAAUAUUUACUGCAUGUCAAAUAG